AUGUGCUGCGAACGUCCUGCGAAUAACUCCCACGGUGGAGUUUCUUCGCCGAUGUCUGCAGAUCAAUGGCUUUGGCCGCCUGCAGAUUGGACACCGUACCGAAUACCGCCCCCCAGCAUGGAAGCGACGGCCGCUGGUUAUGCCGAUUGUUUCGGCAACGGCGGACCGCAUCUCGUGGGCAUUGGCGACAGGAACGUCGUGGUGGACGUUGGUGGACCCGGCACCUCACAUCCGGCGGGCGAUGGCAGCGGGCAGGCAACGAUCGGUGGCGGCAACGGUGGCAACACAGCGACAACUCUCCAGUGGGUGGGCAAUCCGGCGACCGGUGGCGGUGGAGGUGGUGCGACGGCGAAAGAAGAUCUGGGCGAUAUGGCCUUCUACAUGCCCAACUAUUCGCGCGAAGUGCUGAAGAUGAUGUUUAUGAUGCGAUCGCACCACAUGCUGACGGACGUGACGCUCGAAGUCGAGCAGGAAACGUUUCACGCACACAAGGUCGUCCUGUCCGCCGCCAGUCCGUACUUUAAGGCAAUGUUCACCGGCGGCCUGAAGGAAUGUGAAAUGACGCGCGUGAAGCUACAAGGCGUUUGUCCAACCGCCAUGACGCGCAUCCUGUUCUUCAUGUACACCGGGCAGAUACGGGUGACCGAGCUAACCGUGUGCCAGCUGCUGCCAACGGCCACUAUGCUGCAAGUGCCGAAUGUGAUAGACGCGUGCUGUGACUUUCUCGAACGCCAGCUGGAUCCGACGAACGCGAUCGGUAUCGCCAACUUUGCCGAACAACAUGGUUGUGAGUCGCUGCGCCAAAAGGCGAACCAGUUCAUCGAGCGUAACUUUACCCAAAUCUGUCGUGAGGAAGAAUUUCUCCAACUGUCUGUGAUGCAACUGAUAUGUCUCAUCCGGAAGGAUGAGCUGAACGUGCAGGGCGAGCGGGACGUGUACGAUGCGGUGCUAAAAUGGGUAAAGUACGACGAGGACAACCGGUAUCCGAAGAUGGGGAGCAUCCUGUCGGCCGUGCGCUGCCAGCUGCUGACGCCCAGCUUCCUCAAGGAGCAGAUGAAAAACUGUGCGGUACUGCGCCGUGCACCCGGCUGCCGCGAAUAUCUGGCCAAGAUCUUUGAGGACCUAACGCUGCACAAGCGGCCGGCGGUACGCGAGCGGAAACCCAACACGACACGUAUGAUUUUCGUGGCGGGAGGAUAUUAUAAGCAUUCGCUCGACAUGCUCGAGGGCUACAAUGUGGACGACAAGGUGUGGCUCACGUUACCGAAGCUGACGGUGCCACGGUCUGGACUCGGGGCGGCUUUUCUCAAGGGUACGUUCUACGCGGUCGGUGGCAGGAACAACUCGCCAGGGUCAUCUUACGAUUCGGAUUGGGUCGAUCGGUACAAUCCGGUCACGGAACGGUGGCGUCCGUGUUCGCCGAUGUCCGUUCCACGCAAUAGGGUCGGUGUGGCCGUAAUGGAUGAGCUGCUGUAUGCGGUCGGCGGUUCGUCCGGAUCGGAUUAUCACAAUACCGUGGAGUACUACGAUCCGGAAACGGACCGAUGGACACUGGUGCAACCGAUGCAAUCGAAGCGGCUUGGUGUGGGUGUAGCGGUUGUCAACCGAUUGCUUUACGCCAUCGGUGGUUUCGAUGGAAAAACGCGUCUAGCCUCGGUCGAACGCUACCAUCCGGAGAACAACGCUUGGACGUUGGUGCCACCCAUGUGGUACGGACGUAGUGGAGCCGGUGUGGCCGCACUUCAUCAGUACAUUUACGUAGUCGGCGGGUUCGACGGCACAAGACAGCUGGCUUCGGUGGAACGUUACGAUACGGAGCAACAGUGCUGGGAUAUGGUCGCCCCAGUGCGCAUCGCUCGCAGCGCUCUCUCACUGACCGUGCUCGACGGCAGGCUGUACGCGAUCGGCGGAUACGACGGACAGGACUUUCUGACGAUCGUCGAAGUGUACGAUCCAGUGCGGGAUGUCUGGGACGAGGGUACGCCGCUCACAUCCGGUCGCAGUGGCCAUGCAUCCGCCGUCAUCUAUACGCCGUCCUGUAUCUCGAGCUACAUGGAAGGGUUGAACCUAUGCACUGGCGAGGAAAAGCAGCGUGACUCGGGCAGUGGUGGAGCGGGGCCCCAGUUACCACCACAAGCACCACCACCACCACCGCCUCCACCGUCUUCCGGAUCUUCCGGAUCCGGUUCGUCCUCAUCACGCCCAGUAGAAGGAACAUCCGACAGUCGAAUGGCUACGGGUGAGCGGGACGUCCAGCCGGAAGAACCCGACGGUGGGGAACCGUUUGCCAUGGAAACCGACUCUAGUCAAGAGGAAUGUGAUAAAGAUGUCACUGCAAGCGAGGGUGCCAUCAGCAGUGUGCCUUUGGAGAGUGCUCCACCGCCGGAAAUGGCGCAUGUGCGGGAGAGCAUGUCUUCGUUAGCAAUCAUGGAACAUCCCGUGCACACCACCGCGGUUAUACCGCCUCCAAUGCGCCUCACACGCCGCAUCCUUUCCUGUCGCCGGGCAAAACGAAGCUCCGGAAAGGAACGAAAUCGUGCCGGUUCGUCACCGUCACAAAGCGCCAAACGAACGUCCUCAUCGACGGCCCGUUACACACUGACCCUAGCACCCGUUCCAUCCAGCCGAAAGCCAUAUGGUUCCUGCUCGGAAAUGGCCGGUGUCGGUGGAUGCAAGAGCAAACGGAAAGCACCGAUACCGGCUGGUGGUACCACGAGCGAUGAUCAUUGCCCAUUGGUACGACUGAAAAAGCGUAUAACAUGUCUUGUGUCCGCUAUAGUAUCGCCUACCUCCUGUUCGGUCACAUUGCCAUUGUCAGCCGGCGGUACUACUUCGUUGCACGAAGAAUCCACCGGUACGGCUACGACCGACGACAUAGUGCCAACGGUGCCAGCGAUAGUACUAUCCACCGCGGACGAUUUGAAUGCCGUUAGCAGUGAGAGUUCCCGUAACUCCGUUUCGUUUAACCCGGCCGGCUGUAAUUCGCCGAGCGUACCGCAUCAUCAUCUACGAUCACCGAACGCAAAGUUAUGA